UGGUCACAUGACAAGUGACAGCGGGAAAUUUACACAAUAAAUUUUAUUAGUAACUCGUGAAAAGUAUAUUUUUGUAAAUAAGUACAUAAUAAUAAAAAUUUAAAUAUUUACUAUUAAUAAUUAAAAACAUAAAUUUUAUUUUAGAAUAGAAAACCAUAAAAAUAAAAGUAUGUAAUUUCUUUUGUGUUUGUUUGUUUACACUUGGGUGUAAUUAUAAUUAGUCAUCAUGUAACCAAGGUUACAAAUAGAUUUAAUAAGUAUUUAUUGGUAUAGUCUUUCAAUUAUUGAAUGGAAUUAUUAAUCGACAAAUUAUAUAAUAUAUUGUUGAGAUAUUUUAAAUAAAUUUUGAGAGUUAACAAGUGGGAGAUAAUUAAUGGAUGCAGCGAGUAUUUUAUGCCGGGAUAGAAAGCAAAAAAUAAAAUGGAUAUUUGGUCCAGAAGAAGAAACUGUAGAUUUACCUCCAUUUGAAACUAUGACUCAAAGAAUAAACUUUCAAGUACGAACAAGCAGACAUCUACAAAAUGACGAGUAUGCAAAUGAAUUUAACGUACAAAAGAUUGAAAUUAUUAAGCCAAAAGUCGAAGAACACUCGGGAGAUAUUUCAGUGACGAUUAAGGACAAGCCAUCGUCGGCUAGAUUGAAAGAAGAAAAUCGUGAAAUUUUGAAAAAUGUAUUUGAAGAACUUUUAAAUCAUGCUAGAGAGUCAAAGCGUUUGAAAUUGUUACAAUCAAAGCUAGAGAGAAUUUAUUCAGUGAGUCAAAUGAAGCGAUACUUUGACCGGUGGAGAAUGCUAGUAGAUGAAAUGAAAUUUUUAAAUAAAAGUCAGAAGAAAGAGUACGAAAUUGAAGAUGUAAAAAAAAUAGAAUUGUUUAUAAGUGCAAUCAAAGAUAAGCAGAAAAAUGUUUUGAGAUGUACUAGGAAGAAGAAUAUGUCAGUUGAUACAAAAGAUUUGGUUAAUAUUCAAGCAAAAACAAAUUCGAAUGUGUCUGCAACGUUUGCGAAUCGCCUGAAAAUGCAAAAAAAAGUUAUUGAUGAGCAGAGAUCUAAGUUGGCUGAACAAAAUCGAUUUAUCCAGGACAUGAAGUUACAGCAAAUUCAAGUUGAAUCAAAAUUAAGCGAACUGGAAACUCUAAAAACCGCUAAAGGAGCUUUUGCUCAUAGCAAGAAAAGAUCUCAAAAGAUUUUGCGUCGAUUAAUGUUGCGAGAAGGCAUUGAUUCUCAUGAAGUUGAAGAAGUAUUGAGUGAUGCUGUACCUAAGCCGAAUCCACCGAUUUUUUUGGCGAGAAUGGAAGCAAGAGCUUUAGCCCGACGAGAAAGAGUUGCCAGACGCGAGUUGGAGCGUAAACAAAAAUUGGAAGAACAAAAAUUAAGAGAAGAAAUGGCGAAAAUGAGCGAAAAAGAGGCGGCGAAAAAAAAAAUGGAGUUAGAAGCUCAAGAAAAAGCUCGACAAAUUCGUCGUCGCCAUGAAGAAGAACGAGAACGUGCUUUGAAUAUUGAAAAACUGAAAAAGGCGAUGCAGGAAGCUGAUGACUUUUAUCGGAAGUAUUUGCUUCGCCGAUAUAUUCUUCAUCCGCUGAUUGCUUUUGUACAAUCAGUACACGAUGAUAUGAAUAAAGCUGAGAGACACUAUGAUUUAUCUAUUCUCCGGAAAAUGUUUAUCAAAUGGAAGUCUGAAACUGAACGAGAAAUACAAAUUAAAAUGGAACUCAGUAUUGAUAUUUAUAACAGAAAUCUCACCUGGAGAGUUUUUGAAAAUUGGCUGCAAUUAACGAGAGACAAUAGAAAAAUAUAUAAGACUGCUGUUGAUCAUUACAACAAUUGGCUGAAAAAAAGUUAUUACGACAAAUGGUUAGCUUAUACACUUUCGAUGAAAAUAAUUAAUAAUAAUAAUCAAGAAGUAGCUUUUAAUUUUUAUAACGAAAAACUAAAAUCGACUUACUUUAAAUUAUGGAAAAAAUAUUUACAAAUUUUGGAUAAAGUUGAAGAGACUGACAAACGAAAGGAUCAAUUGAGACAGUUAGUACAGUCAGUGAUUCCUGACUUUGCUCCUCAACAUCGGGGCGUCAUUAUUGAUUAAUCAUUAAUUAUCUUCAUAGGUGUAUUCGUUUUUUUUUUUUUUUAAUUUAAUAAAAUUUAAAGUUAAAUUUUUUUCGAUUUAUUUUAAUUUAUGCUUAACAUAUUUUAAGUGCGACGUACAAUUCAAUUUAUUAUUAUAUAAUCUAGUGAAACUUUUGAGUAUCAAUAAAUAA